AUAAUAGUGGCGACUACCGUAGCGGAAGACGAAUGCACCACUUGUGAUUGGAAAAUGGAUGUUCAUUGCGGAAAAGCUGCUAAUGGUUGUGUGUUUACUGGUCUAAAUCGUUGCCAAGUUGAACGUGUUUCAUGCCGUCGGGAGCAAAAAGGAAUGCCACCAUUUAGCGAAAUUGUUAAAGGAGUGUGCCCAAAGGACAAACCAAAGUGCAAAAAACUUUGAUAGAUACCUCAUCUACUUUAUCGGCAGAUAAUUUAUACAACUUUAAAAUAACUUACUGUUUCCGAAGUCCUUGAACUUAAUAAGACACAAACUAAAAUUUGUUUACAAACA